AUGGCCCAGCAUCUGCAGACACAACAUCAGCACGAAUUUUUACCAUUGUGUGAUGUCUUAUUCAACAUAAUUUCUCUUGCAUCAUAUUUUUGUGACGUUGUUUUUGAUUUUGCAAUGGUAUAUGCCCUUGCACACCAUUCUGUAGCUCCUCCAAUACUUUUUCCAUUAAGUAUUAUUCUCAUAGCAACUUCAUUAGUUAUUUCUCAGAUUAUUAGUGUACGAUGGUAUUUAUGGGGUGCCAGGGGCAAACUAACUGGCAACACUACAACAGAUUGCAAUAUUAAUGAGAAGAAAGAAAAUGGAAAUUGGACAAUAUGGUGUGUUCUGUUGCUUCAUUCAACUCAAGUUGGAGUAUUAUGGAGAUAUUUCAAAUUAUUUAUUCCAGUUAACUUAACUUAUGUUAAACACGAGGUGAGGGAACUUUGUGUAUUACGCCUUAUUCAUGCAUUCUGUGAAGCUGCACCUAUGUUGCUCUUGCAAUUCUAUCUGUUAUCAAUUGGAGUCAAUAAUGAAUCAAGUGCUGAUGUUGGUAAAGCAAAAGAAAGUGAAAACAGGGAAAGUGAUAAAUUAGCAAAACUGACUGCAGUAUCUGCUGGUUUAUCUCUGUGGAGUGUAUGUUGGGCAGUGGCUAGUUUUAGUAAAGGUGCAGCACGUCUUCGUAAUUUAGAACGUUUAGUAUUGACAUGGCUAGGUGUGCUGGCACAACUAGCAUGGCGUUUAGGAACUGUAAGCGCUAGAGUAGGAGUACUAGUAGCUUAUGCUUCACUAUAUGGUGGGCAAUGGUUAUUAAUUGUCAUGGCACUCCAUUGGUUAUCAAUGUUGAUGUGGUUGCUACUUACUCCAGAUGGUCUUUUUCACGGCGGCGAACAUUUGCCUAUUUUAAGGAAAACAUCUUUGGCUUCACUCCUUGCGUUUGUUUAUAUUUUCGCGUAUGUAAAUUUACACGAAACAAAUCAUCGUCAAAAAAUGGUAAUAUUUUACACAGUAAUGUUUCUGGAAAAUAGUUUACUCAUUGGUGUAUGGAUAGUGGGUGUCAAUAGAACAGACCUUCUUCCACACCAACAUCACCCAAAUCCUGUAACUUUAGUACUUACACUAUUAGCUUUAUUCUUUGGUGGUAUGUUUUUCAUGGGUCUCUAUUACCGGUUUUUUCAUGUACGAAGAUUGAGGUAUGAAGCUGGCGGUAGAAUGACGGCGUCAAAUCUCACAGCAUUAUCAAAUCAAGAUAAUAUAGAAGAAAAGCAAAUAGAAUAUACAGAGGACAAAAAAUUAAGUAUGAAUGUAGGUGUGAGAAGAGUUAAAUUGAGUAAUGGUGGAAUACCAGGUGUAUUCAAUUGUCGCUUCGCCAAUCCAGCUGCGGUAAAUCCAAAUCGUAAAAAGAAGAAGCCAACAACGUUUGUACCUCCUCCUCCACCGCAAUCUCAAACUGGAGCUGUUACAACCUCCAUGAACACAGUGGGAGAUGCAAAACAGUGGCUUGGUGUGAAUACCAAUUCACGUCAAUUAAUACCAUUCUGGAAGAAAUCCCUAAAUUCUAGUGUAAUGCAGAAUGAUCAUUCGAAUGAACAGAAAAUGGGGACUGAUGCUGGGACUGCUGGCUCCUUAAGUGCAAAUCUAAUAAGAGAAAAACUUCAGGAGAAAAAGCAACAGCAAUUACGAGAACUACGAGCUAUACAAGAAGAAAUAAAGGAAGGAAAGUUAUUUCCUCCGCCAUCAGCUUCAGCAUCCUCAUUCUCGUCCUCACCUGCAUCGAAUCAGCAACCACCACCUAAUACGAAGUUGCAUACUUCCCCUAGUUCUCCUUUAUUUACAUCUGCACCAUCAGUAGGUGAUCAAAAUGGAGGUGUAACGUUAUCUUCUUGGCCACCGGUGAAAAUGCACUGCCUUUUACCUCUGCCACCAUCUUCUUCCUAUUAUCCAAACGUUCAUCCUUCAAAUUCGUGGAGGACGACGCAAAGAGAAAGAGCGGAUACACCAGAAAUUUUACUCGCACCGCGAUGUCUUCCUCAUCAUUGUUCCCAUUGGGCACCAUCCACUCACGUUAAUCACCGAUUACGCUCGAGUCAAAAUGGUGGAGAAGAAAGUUCUAAGGGUGAAGGAGAAGUAGAAGGUGAAAUUAGCGACAUGGAAGGUAGUCAAGUGUCACUGCCACGAAGCUAUACACUUCCCCGUGAGUUUAAAUAUCAUCAUCCAAAUAACACUGCCAGAGAACGGGAACGACGUGUAGGAAACAGUAAAGUCACAGUCUCGCGUUUUUACUUGCCUUCGACUAAUAGUUCUGAUGGAGAUGUAGAUAGUGCAGAUAACGAAGAGGAAACGGAUUCUGAGGUACAUUAUCGCAUGAAAAACAGUCACGGGUCUAAUAAUCAUAAUGAAACGCAACAACAACACCAACAACGAUUUGCAUUCGAAGAUAAUAACAAAAAUGAGUUUUUGAACUCUAAUCUAGAUUCUACGGCAACUGUUAUCAUUUCCGGAAAUUCUUAUCUUAAUAAUUCUCAAGGAUUGCUCCGUCCGAGUCAAUUGUUUAGAAACAGGGUUAAACAUGAAACGAAGCUCUAA